AUGCCUCGCGAGGCGGUGACCUCGGCGGUGUCCCAAAGUUGGAAAGCCCUAGAAGUCGUGGCGCCCACGAAUGAUGCGGACUUAGCCGGCACUUCGCAUUUCUCGUGCGAGGCGCUGCGCUUCGCAGAUGCAGCAUUGAAGGACCAACGAGACUUCAUGGCCAAGGCUGUGGCAGUGGAUGGCCGGGCAUUGCAUUACGCCAGUGCCAGGCUUCAGGCCGAUCGAGAGCUUCUUUUGGAGGCCUCGAAACUCAACAGUUGGGCCAUCGACUGCGCACCAAAGGCACUGCGGACAGAUGCUGGCUUCAUGGCAGAGGUCGUGGCUGUGAACCCACUGGCACGUCGCUUCUUUGCCGAGACACCGCUUGAGGCCCCGGAGAACGAUGGCAGCAGACCCUGUGUGGAGGCACCCGCGCAGCGGCCUGUGCAUCACCUCCUUCCCGUGGCUCAGGGGCGCUUAGCAGGGCGCUGGCGCUAUGAGGAUGACGGGGAUGAGGACUUCGUGGUGGAAAUUCAACAGGCCGAAGGCGGAGACGGGGCAGCCUAUGUGGUGCGCUUCCUUUUCGAGGGCCAGGCCACCAACGCUGAGUGCUGCUGCACGGUGUCUUCCGGCACGUCCGUGAGGAUUGAGGAGCGGGAGGGCGAGACGUUGAACAUCUACGAGGGCUCCAUGAUCAGCGAGGAGCAGAUCGCGGGGCAGUUCUGGUGCGAAAGCUCCGGAGAAGGGAAUAGUUUCCAAUCAGGUGCCAAAGGGCCAUUCCGACUCGUAAAGGAGCCGCAGGAGACGCGGAUCCGAGAUGCGGAGACUCGCGGAGAGCACCAAAAGUGGGAGACUCGCAAAGCCUCCCGAUGGCGAGAAGCCUUGGACCUUCUGCCGCGCGACGAGACCAGCGUGGACUUUUGGUCCUUCAGCGCAGCCAUAGGCGCCUGCAGUGGCGGCAGUGCCUGGCCUAUCAGCCUAGCCUUGCUGAAGCGCGUCCAGCAAGAGGUGCCUGCAGGUGAGUUGACUCCAGUCUAUGGAGGCGCCGUGAGCAGCAGGGCCCCUUGGCAUGUGGGCCUGGCGCUUCUAGCGCAGAUGGAAACGGAGAGGGUGCCGGCGAACAUCAUCAUCUACAGUGCCUUGAUGAGCGCUUGCAAUCGAGCACAGCAGUGGCAAGUCUCGUUGCAACUCUUCCAGGCCGCCGAGCGUCACCACUUCUCGCUGGAUGUGAUGGCCUUCGGUGCUGGCAUCACUGCUGCUGAGAAGGGGCAGCAGUGGCAGAGUGCGCUCGUCUUGUUGGAUCAGAUGAAAGAAGAGGAGUUGCUGCCCAACCUCAUCACUUGCAAUGCAGCGAUUGCCGCCUGUGGCCCUGCGUCACCUUUUGCCUUGGAGCUGCUGAGGGCUUUGGGUCCAAGGGCUGAUGCGGUGUCUUUCGAGAGUGCAGUCACUGCAUGCGGCAGAGAUCAAGCUUGGAUGACUUGCUUGUCUUUGCUUGAGGAGAUGGAGGACCGUGGCUUACGCCGCAGUGUCAUUGCCUUUGGUGGGGCGAUUGCCGGUCAGGAAGGCCAUUGGCCACAUGCCUUGGCCUUGCUCGAGCAAAUGUCCAUCUCAAAGGUGGUGACGAAUGUCAUCGUCUACUCCGCGUUGAGCAGUGUUUGCUCUUCAUCGUCUCAGUGGCAGAUGGCCUUACAGGUCUUUGAGGAGAUGCAGCUGAGCCUGGUGAGGGGCAACGUGGUGGCGUACAGUGCGGCCAUCAGCGCCUGUGAGAAGGGCCAGCAGUGGCUCAAAGCCUUGGAUUUCCUGGAUGAGAUGCUGCGAUGCCGUGUGGUGCCCAACGUGGUCACCACGAGCUCGUUGCUGGCGAGCUUGGCCGGUCGCUGGGAGCUGGCGAUGUUGCUGCUGAUGCAACUGCCCUCGCGCGCCUGCACUGACGUCGCGGUCUACAAUGCGGCAGCGAGUGUUUGUGGGCAGGGUCUGCAGUGGCACUUGGUGCUGGAGCUCCUCAGGGGCAUGGAUGAGCUCCAGAUCGACAUGGAUGUCAUCACCUACAGUACGGCCAUGGGUGCCAUGGAGGAGGGCUUGCAGUGGCAGAAGGCCUUGCAACUCCUGGAGUUUGCUGUGGAGGCUCAGUUGGAGCUAGAUCAGAUGUGCCUGAAUGCCGCAGUGAAUGCCUGCAAGAAGGAGGGCCAAUGGCAGCAGGCGCUCGCAGUGCUCGCCUUGCAGGACUUCAGCAACCUCGAGGAGAAGACGCUGGGAGCGCUGGCUUCUGCGUUUGAGAGGGGGAAUGCGUGGCAGAUGAUCUUGCAGCUGUUGAAGGAGCACCCAGAUCCUGGGAUCUACGCUCUCCGUUCGGCAGUGCAUGGCUGUCAUCAAGGGCGCUGUUGGCCCGGCGCAUUGCUUCUCUUGCAGAGCCUCCAGAAGAACCAGCACCCGGGAUCGGCCUGCCUUGCAUUGACCAGCUUCAGUGCCCAUCCGAAGGCGCAAGAACUCAUGGAGGAGUUGACGCAGGCAACCCUGCAAGAACUCUGCAGAACUUAGGCCUUCCGUAGUGUGCCUCCACGCCUCUAUUUUCUGAGGGCUGCCUCACUGAUACAUCCUCUUUCACAGACAUACUGUAGUUGCAU